AUGCUCCAGCAACAAAUCUACCGCAAACGCUGCCCUUGGUUGUUUGGGCCAUGCAGGGUGCACUCGCACCAAGAGUACAUGGCCAACCACAAGUUCCGUGGUUGGUUCGACAAGGGUGACGAUGGUGGCUCAGGCUUGCACAACUUGUAUGAGCGCCUGCACCACAGGGACACUCCUGAUUCUGAGCUUGUUCGUUCGCUAGGCCCCUUUCGAACCCUUUCGAAGACAGAGCUCCGGCCGUGGACGGACAGCAGGGAUGGGCAGGUCCCCCAGAUCCUUGGAGCAGAGGUGGUUGGGACCGUCCAGGUCCGCCAGAUCUUUGGAGCAGCCGCGCAGGUCCGUCAGAUCCUUGCCGUGCAGGUCCGCCAGAUUCUUGGAGCAGCCGUGCAGGUCCGCCAGAUUCUUGGAGCAGAGGUGGUUGGGACCGUCCAGGUCCGCCAGAUCUUUGGAGCAGCCGUGCAGGUCCGCCAGAUCCUUGCCGUGCAGGUCCGCCAGAUUCUUGGAGCAGCCGUGCAGGUCCGCCAGAUUCUUGGAGCAGAGGUGGUUGGGACCGCCCAGAUCCCCCAGAUGGUUGGAGCGGAGGUGGUUGGGACCGCCCAGAUCCCCCAGAUGGUUGGAGCGGAGGUGGUUGGGACCGCCCAGAUCCUUCAGAUGGACUUCUACUUCCAUCCUCUUCCUGACAGCAUCAACCCUGCAGCGGUCCUGUAUCCUGACAUUAUGAACUUCCUCGAUAAUGUUUAUGGGCUCAUUGAAGCUGAGACGCUACGAGCUCAAGUGGUCGCAUGCCGUGAGGAGGCCUACGAAAUGCGGGCCCGAACGGCUGCGGAGGAGGUUCGAGGAGAUCGCACGCGCGAGGAAGCGCAGGAGAUUGUGGAAGCUGUGAGGCGAGAGCGCGCAUCCCAGGCAGAGCAGAUGGCUGAUCUCCGGAACUCCGAGCGGGAGGCCUUAGAGCAGUCGCAGGAUCUGCGAGAACGCCUGGAGCAUGCCCUGUCACAAGUCGACCGCCUCGAGGGCUCCAAGCAGAAUGCACUGGAAGACCUCC